GACCUGAGCAGCAGCUACUACAAUGACUACGUCAAGAAUAUACUAAAGAAGAAGAAGCCUUCCAAAACCAGUACAAGCACAGAGAAGCCCACACUGGUGGAGAGGAUAACUGAUGCUGUGAAGUCCUACAUCUACAUACCAGAGGAAGUUUUCCGGUUUCCCCUGAAGCUGGCGAUAUCUGGAGUAGUGUCAUUUACCGCUCUUUACCAGAUGGCUUUGGUGUUUGUGACCAGCGUGGUGCCGACGCUCCAGAUUGUCCGUCAAGGCAUCAACGAAGAUAUCGCCUUCCUACUGGCCGGUUUCAACAUCAUAUUAUCAGAGGACAGGGCCGAAGUGGUCCGGAUAGUGGUCUACUACAUGUGGUGUGUAGAAGUGUGCUACCUCUCUGCGAUGACCCUGUCCUGCUCAGUGAACCUGGUCAUGCUCAUGAGGUCCAUGGUCCUGCACCGGUCUAACCUAAAGGGGCUGUAUAGAGGAGACAUCUAUAAUGUAUAUAACUGCCAGAGGAGUAUCAGACCAUCUCGUCCUGCCCUGGUCUGCUGGAUGGGAUUCACCAGCUUCCAGGCUGCUCACAUCUGCUUAGGUAUGCUGAUCCAGACCAUAGUGUUCUUCCUGUGUCUGCUGAUCGCUGUGUUCCUCAUCAUCAUCCCCAUCUUCCACGGACAGAACCUCAUGCUCUUCAAGGUCCUGGGGAACAUGUGGCCGUUCUGGUUGAUGCUGUUCUCAGUUGUCGUGGUCCAACAUGUCACCACCAGGUUCUGCUUCAUUAAGAAGUCUGCAGGGACACGGGACCUCCACAACAG